AUGAAGCAGCCGCAGCACGCACUGCUGGGGGCGGCCCAGAUGCCGACAAGAACUUGGCUAACGCCGCUCGACGAAGAUGGCCAAGAGAAGGAUGCCAGGAGGCUACUUCCCGUUAACAGUGAGCAACUGCCUCUGCCCUGGUGCGGUCGGCUGGGUUAUGCUUGUCUCAACAUGUAUCUGAGGGCCGCAAACUCGCCGCCCGAGCACGCCACCAAGAACCGUCCGGACAAGACGAAGCCGGGCGACGUCAAGCGAGGCCCCACCUUUAUGGAGGACAUUGGCAUCGCUAACGCCGCCGACAUUAUCAAGAUGAUUCGGUGGAACGACAAGUAUGGAAUCAAGAUUAUUAACAUGCCUCCGCCAUUCAUUCAAGCACUAGAACCGUCACAUAAAGGCCCUAUAGGGACUUCUCUCCGGGCGAAAUAA